AUGUGUGUUUUGGAUUGGGGUGGCCAUUGGGCAUAUCACCUGAGCUUAGUUGAGUUUCCAUACAACAACAGCUUUCAGGCGAGUAUUGGCAUGUCUCCAUUUGAAGCUUUGUAUGGGAGGUCAUGUAGGACACCCCUAUGCUGGAUCCAAGUGGGGGAGAGCAGCAUGUAUGGAGCCACUUAUGUUCAGGAAACGACGGAGAAGGUCCGCAUUGUGAGGUUGAACAUGAAGGAGGCUCAGGAUAGGCAAAAGAGUUAUGCAGAUAGAUUGAGACGAGAGCUUGCAUUUCAGGUUGGAGUUACCUUUCAUAAGGUGUUUCAUGUGUCGAUGUUGAGGAAGUGUCUUCACCUUUUAGAGGAGUUAGUGCCUAAGAUUCAUGAGGAUCUUAGGCCAUAUUUGACAGUUCCGACAGUGUCUAUGAGGAUUCUUGAGAGGAGAGAUAAGGUUCUGCAGAACAAGAGGAUCCCUUUGCUGAGAGUUUUGUGGGAUUGCAGUGGCCUCGGUAUAAGCGGUUCAGACACCCCUGGGUGCAAGUGGGCCACAGUGCGAGCCGGUGUGGACUUGUCUAGGAAGGGAGUGUCUCCUGGGGAUCAGGUUGGAAACCCUGGUUCUCGUGUUAAAAAGCUGCAGCCGUCGAGCACUUGGACAGUUUUGUCGUUUUGUGAGCUGAGGAAGAGGAAGAGAGGCGAUUUCGGUGAUUUGGUGGUGUUCUGGGUCGAAUCUGAGCCUCCUUGUUGCUGUUCUUCGUCGUUUUCAUCUCCUUUCUCUGUUUCAAUUCCUUGUCAAGGUGAGUGCGUGACUGUAGACUCGCAAAUUGCUAGAUUCAUGAUUGCUUGA